AAAUGUUGCCGUGGAGCACUGUAUGGCUUUGGAGUAAUUAAUCCGCAAAUGAAACCGGAUGACGGUUAACACAUGUUAGUUAUAAAAGCUGGCGAGUGAAUCAUUUUCCAAAAGACUGUAGUUGAAGCGGCCGCCGCGCCCUCACUGUCUGUAGGCCGACGUGUUACGUCAGCCUUUACGCACACGGACGCACUUGAGUAGGAAGCUUCAGUGUGGUCAGAUUGUCGCUGCGUUUCCUUCCACCCGAGUCCUGUCAACCCCGUACACUACAUCUUUAAGUUUGUCAGGAUGGUUGUGCUUUCUAAAGAGUAUGGAUAUGUGGUGUUAACUGGUGUUGCCAGUAUGGUGAUGAUUGGACAUCUGGCCUUUAAAGUUGGCAAAGCCCGCAAGAAGUACAACGUGCAGUAUCCUCAGAUGUACAGUGACGAUCCAGAAACUGGAAACAUUUUCAACUGCAUCCAGCGUGCACACCAAAACACCCUGGAGAUCUAUCCCGCCUUUCUUUUCUGCCUCGCUGUCGGUGGUUUGCAUUGCCCUCGUCUCACCAGUGGACUUGGAGCUGUAUGGAUUAUAGGCAGAGAGGUGUUCGCACAUGGGUACUCUUCGGGAGAUCCUAAAAAAAGACUGCCGGGACUGUUUGGGAACGUGGCUUUGCUCGGGAUGAUGCUGACCACAGUCAGCUACGGCCAUCACCUGCUUGGCUGGACGGGACAGUGGAUGGGCCCCCUCCGUCAAGCUAACUGUUGCAAGUGAAUACCAAGUCUUCAGGAUGGGCUCACUCUUAUAAUCACCUUAUAAUCAAAGCCACUCUACAUAACCCAUAUACCUUGCAACAUGUGUGCUAACCUCUGACCAGUUUAACAUUUGAAGUCAGGUGAAGUUCAUGUUGUCAAGAGGAAAUGCCUCAUUUAGGAUCACGGGUGGGGUGUACUCACUGAUCGGCACUCCCACAACAUGCAAGGCCUGUCAGUUUGUCUUAGCAUUUUCACCUGCGCCCUGAUUUUGAAAUUUUUCAUAUUAUGUAUUUUUGCAAUAAACAAAUGAAGAUGCUGCAGUAAUAGUUUAGCCUUCCAUGUUUGAUGGACUUUGUGACAGAAUAGCACCUCAUGUUUGUAUUUGCUUAGCUGAAAAAGUCAGAUUUUGUACAUGAUUAACUGAAACUGGUUAGUCAAAAAUAUCGCUGUUGUCAAGUAAAAAUAACCUAAUAAUUCCA